AUGUUCAAGUUAACUAUUGCUUUGCUCAUUGCCACUUUGGCAUUUGCCUCCGCCGCCAACUACAAUGGCAACUACUUCCACAUCCGUGACAGUGGUGUCCGUUGCGUCAAGUACCCAUGCCCAUCAUUCUUGGCCACCUCGCUCAACAAUGGCGUUGUUGACUUGCCAAUCGUUGAUGUGAUCUUUGACGAGUCGAUCAACACCUCCUCUGUGUAUGACGGUCUCCAGACUGGAUACACCAACGUCGUCGUCUACGGUGUGCUCUCAACCAUCUACAUGGACAGCAACGUGAUCAACCGCAUCAACGUCGAGGCCGCCUACCGCAUCCUUCCAUUGUCCGCUGACGACCAGGCCACCCGCUCAGGCACCUACUACACCCUGUCAAACUCGGGCAUCUACUGCAUCACCACUCCAUGCCCAACCAUCCGUGCCAACCAGAUCAACUCUGAGGCCUCCCAGAUUGCCUUCAACUACUUUGACACCUACAACACCUACACCAAGUUCGACUCUUUCUGGUUGCACAACAAGGAGUUCGUCGCUGAGGAGCCACACAAGGCCAUCGUCCAGGCCAACAUCUUUGAGGGUACUGUCAUUGUCAAGGCUGUCUUUGCCAACAUCAAGGACCACGUCAACCCAUGCCCACCAAUCCCCAAGAUUGGUUGCGCUCCAGGUUACAGCAUUGUCUACACUCGUGAUGCCAACAGAUGUCUCGCCUUUGACGGCUGUGUCCGCUCCGGUGUCUGCACCCUGAGCAUCCCACUCUGCAAUGAGGGUUAUUCGCUCACCUCCCACUCAUCCGCCCCCAACGGUUGCCCACACUGGUACUGUGAUGCUGCCUUCUUGGAGUAA